AUGCCUACAAUAUCAACUGCAUCUUUAACAUCUUCAGAAACUGCAUCUACUAUUAGUACUAAUACUUCUUCUUCAAUGAAUCAAACAGGCCACCAUCAUUAUAGUUCAAGUUCUCAGUACCCAAAUCAAACAUCGUCCACAUCAUCAGACAAUGUAAAUAAUAAUAACAACAGUAACAAUAACAACAAUAAUCAUAACAACAAUAGCAACAGCAACAGCAAUAGCAACAGCAAUAGCAACAGCAACAGCAACAACACUGCUAGAAAAAGACAAGCUCCAAGUUCAACAUACUUUUCAAACGUAGCUAAUCUUGUCUGUCUCUUUUGGUAUAAUGAUUACCCAUUACUGGCAAGAGCUUUCCAUGAUGCUAAAAUAGUCGAUCGUCACACUCGACCACCAGGAUCUUCUUCUUCUACUUAUGCUACGGCCCCAACUUCAUCCCCUCCUCAUAGCAACUAUACAACUCCAGCUUCUUCCGCAGCUUCUUCUCCAACCCUAGGAACAUCGCCUAAAACACCAGCUGCUGCUGCUGCCUCUCUUUCAUCUCUUGUCUUCUCUAAAUGGACCUUACCAACGCCUGCAUUCAGGCAAUUCAUCCAUAAUGUGAUUCGACAUACACAACUACCCGUGACUGCAGUCUCUCUAGCACUGUACUAUAUUCUACGGCUCAAGCGCCACUCGCUAAGACCCAUUGUUGGCAAUCCCAACUCUGAAUAUCGAGUCUUUUCAGUUGCUCUCAUGCUGGCCAAUAAGUUUUUAGAUGAUAAUACUUAUACAAACAAAACUUGGGCUGAGGUCACACACCUCCCCUUGAAAGAAAUCUCGGCAAUGGAGGUGGAGUUUUUAGCAAAUAUGAGGUACUCAUUGGUAGUUUCUGCAGACGAAUGGGAUCGCUGGCAGGCCUCUCUUAGAAUCUGGCUUAACUUACAUCUUUCCUAUUGCUCCCCUGACUCAUGUGUAGGCUCAGGUUCUCUUGGAUCACCUUCUUCCAUUGCUCCCUUGGUAACUGGUAGUAGCAUUAAUGGCAGCGGCACCAUUACCCCAUCCACCUAUUCAGUAUCUCCAAGAAACCCUCCAAGAGUUCAAAUCCAGCCUCCUCCACCCCCUCCACCUCCUCCACCUUCUCAUCUUUAUCACCAUCAUCAUCAAACGCUUCAGCCUACCCCAUCAUCUAUAGCAACAACCCCACGGACUAAGAGACCCGCAGAUUCUGACCCACAACAAUUCCUUAAUGGCAACAACAACAACAAUAACAACAACAAUAACAACAACAAUAACAACAACAAUAACAACAACAAUAACAACAAUAGCCAACAACCUCCUUCCAAACGCAUAGUCCUUUCAACUCCUCCACCAUCCCUUCCUCCACUUCCAUUGGGUCCUCAAGCUAAUCUUCACCAACCAUUGUCACUUCCAGGUCCUCCAAAUUUUAACAUUCCUCACCACUCAUCAACUUCUUCAUCAUUACCUUUACCUUUACCUUUACCUUUACCAUUAUCAUUACCUUCAUCAUCUACCUUAUUAACAACUUCUUCAUUACCAUUACUUUCUUCUACUUCUACAUCUUCCUCUUCGUCUUCGUCUUCGUCUUCGUCUUCUUACAUUUCCCAAAACAUCCAGCAACAACCUUCACUACCAUUAGCUCCAACUCAAUAUACUCUUCCAGCAUUACCAAACUCUGGCCCUCAAGUUACAUAUUCAAAUACCCAGCAUCUCAUUCCAAAUACCUCCUCUUUAUCUUCUACAAACAAUAACCUUGCAUCCGGCUCGCUCGUGCCUAAAACGACUAUUUCUGCAUCUUCAACACUACCCUCUACUUCAUCUUCUUCUCUAGCAUUAUCUUCAUCAAAUUCUUCUACUUCGACCCCAACUUCUACCACUACUCUAGGUCUUUCAUCUACAAUUGAUCAACAACAAGCAAUUCAAUCGGGAUCUGGUGCAACAACUCCUUCAGCCUCUUAUGGGAAACUCAUUACAGCAACUAGACUUUCUUCGUCUCCAUAUGCUCCAGUUUUCCCAGUGCGCACAUUAUUAAUUCCAACAAAUUCAAAUGGUACAUUUUUAUCUCGCAGUCCUGCGGGACCUCAACAGCAGCCACCUUCUGUAUUACCCCCUCCGAUCCCCAAUGGGGGUUACGCUUAUAAUCUUACAAAACCAGCUUAUGCCCCACAAAAUAGUAGCGCUCUAGCUCAUAGCCAUGCCCCAGUGACUCCAAGUUCUCUAGGAAAUGGAGGAGGAACUACUACUGUCGCUAUAGGUAAUAAUGGCAGCACUACUGGCCUUGGGCUGGGAUUGGGGAUGGGUAUGAGCCUUGGAGGAGGUGGUGGUGGAGGUGGAGUAGGAGUAGGAGUAGGAGGAGCAACAACAACAGGAGGUUUGGGUGGACCACCAUCUUCAGGAGGAUUAGGAGGAGGUCUACAAGGCAGCGGAGGGAGUCCACCAGCUCCAGCCCUUGGCCCGAUAGGAGUUUCACCUUCGUCGUGGUUGCUGCCACCACCGCCACCCACCAAUGGCCAAAACACUGGCAGUGCAGCUCAGACAGUCGCCACAGCUUCCGCUGCUGCUGUUGCUGCUGCUGCCGCCGCCGCUUCUCAAGCAAUGCCCCCACCAGGUCUCAGUCCCGGGAUUACGAACGGACCUACAAGCACAUUGCCGUUAUACUACUAUUCAAUUACAGACUAUAAGAGUCGGUCGCAACAACAUCCACCACCUACCUGCGGUGUACUUCCAUUGGUUACAGUUACGACGCAGCAUCAAGGCCAUUUUGAUUAUGUGUCAUGUUACAAUACCACUCCUGGAGGAGGAGCUGGAGCAAUUGGAUCUGGAGUAUCAGGUCAUGGUCAAACACCAAUGUAUGAUAAUGUGCUGUAUACUCAACAACAUUUGCCUGGGCUUGGUACAACCCCAACAACACAAGCAACGGCAGUUCAAGGAGCUAGCGGAAAUAUGGGUAGAGUUGCAGUGACUGCGGCCGCUCAAGCAGCUGCUGCACAUGCAGCCCAAGCUGCCCAAGCUGCUAUUCUAGCAGGUGGAACUGGUGGAUUUUUAGGAGCAAGUCCUGGGGGUAGUGGUGGCAGUAGCAGAAGUUGCAGUAGUACCAGUACUACGAGCAAUAACAGCAGCCGUGGAUCGACGCCGCAAAAUCAUGAUGUUAUGAUGGGUGGUGGUGGGACUAGCGGAAGUAAUGGUAGUACGACAGUCACACCAAGCAAUAUUGGAAACUUGAUGACUCAAUCAUUAUCGGCUCAUCAACACCACCAGCAAGGACUCCCACCACCACCACUACAACAGCAACAGCAACAGCAACAGCAACAGCAACAGCAACAGCAACAGCAACAGCAACAGCAACAACAACAGCAACAACAACAACAGACAAUGAUGAUCCAUUCGGUGUCUACAUCUCCGGUAGAUAGCUUGGACCGUCUGUCUCCGAUCGGACCAAGUCCAGGACUGGGUUCUGCUGGUGGUAGUGGUGGUGUAGGGUCUGGGACUCUUCAACCUGGUGUGUUUUUUAGGGCCCCGUUACCUCCACCACCACCAUCACAGCAACAAGGGCCGGUGCCCGGGUAUUAUUCUUCACAAGCAAAUAAUACUCAAUCGCAUCAGUUGCAGCAGCAGCAGCAGCAGCAGCAAUUUGUACAGCAUCAUCAUCAACUCCCCCUUUCUAGACAUUCUAGUCAACAGCAAUAUUCUGUUCACACGACACCACCCCAACAGCAAAAUAACCCGAGCCACCAAUGA